GUCGCAUGUAUCCUUUUCAUCUUUGCUCUCCAGAUCUCUAACACCACCACAAGUAUUCCUUUCUCCCACGAAGAAGUGGGUCAUCGUCUUCGAGGCAAAGCUGUUGAUUUGGCUAUAACUAGUUUCAUUUUACUAUAGGAGAAAAAUCACUCAAAUAAGUGAUAUAUGGAAUAACAUUUGUAAAGUUUGAUUUUCGAUGCUCUGAUUUUUAGUUUGAGCUACAAUUUUUGGGUUUUGAAAGUCGGUAGUUUUUGUAAAAGAAUUGUGAAGCAAAAAUAUUGUUCCAACUUUCGCUCUCGUUGUAGAAAAUUUGAAAUGAGACAACAAUUUUCUCAUUUCAGUAUUACAUAUUGUGUAGAGUGUAGAUAAAGACAUGUACUUUCACUAUAAAUUCAUUAACACAAUUAAAAAAGGUUAAAUGAGCUAAUUUAUUAAAUAGUAGUGAUUUUUAGAUCCAAUCAUGUCAGAAUAGGAAGAGGGUUACAAUUUGAUGGUUAGCCAAACUAAAAUGUUCAAAUAACCAAUCCGAUAUAAUUUACACAAAGAUAUGAAUACGAUUGUUUCAUAGUAGGUCUAAAACUUAAUACUAAUUUAAGAAUUAUACAUCACUUCUACAUAUUCAAUACUUCAAUUCGAUAUGGAAUAUUCGAACCAAUGAUAUUUGAGCCACGAUUUUAAAGUUAUCCUCUAUUUAUAAGAUAUAUAGGAAUUUAAUUAAGUAUUAAACAAUAAUUACAACGAAGAAUUUGACAUCUAUUAGUCACACAAAGUUUCAACUCAAAUGCAUGUUCUUCUAAUAAUUUUUUGCUUCUUAUAUGUAUGAGAUGAGGUCGACUAGGUCUAUGAAUGUGCAGUUGGAGAAAAAUGAAAUUUACUAUUGCGGGAUUAUGAUGGCUUUUGAGAUGGUUUGGUCUUUACAGGCUCUCGAAUCUAAAGCAAGAAGAAGCGACGAUGAGAUAGUCGAACAUGGUCUGUGAUGUUCAAUGUAGUAGUGUUUUGUGUUGAGUAAAAGGAUGAUAUGACAGCGUAGUUACGUAUACAAAUUGUUGUAAACAACAUCGUUUUGAAGUGGCCCGGUGCUCAAAUUAGUUAACUUGCUUGUGUUUUUUUUUUAUUUAAAAUGAUACAAUUAAUGUAUGUAAUUUGAUUAGUUAAGAUGCUUAUCAUUGUUGAAGAUGAUCAUUGAUCAACUCCUAAUAUGUCCUCUGUUUUUCACUCUUGUUGCAGUAGAAUUUGAAUGGGGUGGAAACAAGCUAUAUAUGCCAUCUAUAUUCUUGUAGAUUAUCUUGAUUUAACAAAUCCUGGGAUUCGAUAAACCAACCAUGGCAGUAUGGGCAAUUGGCACACUUCAUCUCUUCGUGGCAGUCUCUGUGGCUGCCACAUCUGAAAUCUCAUGCAGAAGAAGCACAAGAAAACGAGCAACCAGCAGCAGCUUGAUUUAGCUGACGUCGCCAAACUGACCGGUUCUCUCUCUCUCUUUCUCUCUACUCGUGAUCCAUAUCUUUUACCGGUUACCAGACGAUUGAUGUUUUCCGUCCAGAAACCCGCCGGGCAACCUCACCGCUCCUUACUUCUUCCCACGUCUCUCUCAACUGACCGGAAUUAAAUUAAUCCUGCUCGAACUUUUACUCGGUGAGUCAAUUCCAAAACUUGGGUUCCAGCUCCCACAGUAAUAAGCCAGUUUCCUCUGUUUUCUUACUUUCCAAACUCUGUGCUUAACCCUGCCUGCAGCUAAACAGUUAGUGAAUCAAUCAAUUACAGUCAUGGCGGAUGUGGCGGCACUCUUCACCAGCAUGGUCUCCACUACCAUGACAAUGGCGAUCACCAAGCCUUUCUCAAUGGGCCUCUCGUUGUUCGUGUUCGCCUUCCGAGCCGCGUUCCUGGUCAUCAACACAUGGGCAGAGCUUACAGCGGCUUCAAUCAGCUUGCAUCUUCGAUUGUUCAGGAGCGCCGUCAUUUGCAUCAUCGCACUUGCCUCUCUUCCCUUUCGGGUUUUGACCGCCUUGGGCAGGCAGAGAAUGUUGGAGGAGCAGCUGGCUGUUGUGCAGGCAGAGUUGGAGAAUGUCAGCUGGGAGAGGAAGGUACUGGAAGAUCACCUCCGGGCUGCGGUUAAGGAAUGCAAGAACUUGGAUUCGUUGUUGGCAGAAGCUGAAGAUGAAAGCGACAAGUUGAUAACCAAACUUGAACUGAUGGAGAGGGAGUUGCAUACUCUGAAGGUCGAGAAUCAUCGGUUAAAGACGAUCCAGCGCGAGCAGCUAGGAACCACCUUGGGAGGCAAUGCAGGGGAGGAGGAUCAUGAGAGAAAGCACAUUGCUGAUGAGAAUGCUGCUGACAUUUCUGAACAAGCAGGGGAUUCGGACGCGAGUGAUGAUGAUGAGGUAGUGUUGAUGGAGCAGAGAGACAUGGCAGUGUCGCAGAGCGUGCUAAGCGCGGUGCUGUCUCUAACCGUUGGGAUGAUCGCGUGGGAAGGGAAGGACACGGUGAUGCCGCUGGUGGUGGCUCUCUACACCGUCGUUGGGAUGUCGAUGAGGAACGUGUUGAAGUUCUUCUCGACGAUCAGGAACAAGCCGGCUUACGAUGCUGUUGCUCUCCUGAGCUUCAACUGCUUCAUCCUCGGAACCCUUACUUAUCCUACCUUGCCUAAGGUGGUUCGGAUUCUCGGAUCGUUGGCAUCGACUCAUCUCAACCGCUUCUUAAGAAGCUAGCUAAAGCAAUCCAAGAUUGUGUGUGUGUGUUCAUCUUUAACCAAGCAUUAACACUUUCUCUGUGACUGUACAUUGUGGUUAUGUCAAGAACUAUGUCAAUAUAUUGCUUCCAGUUGAACUCCUGAGUCCUGAUAGUGAUCAUGUACUAGUCAGAUUGUACAUUGUUGACCGUCUUAUUGUGAAUCGUCACACUUUUACAAGGUCCAGGAACGAAUUCACCGUCGAAUGGCUGACUGGCGAUUGAUCGACGAUUACUAGCGAUUUUCGAUACAGUGAAAAUGAUUGUUCAUAUGGUCGGGACUUUUUAUUGUGUACGGUAGUGAUUCACUUCUCGUCCCGAGUAAUCAAUCGUCCAACAGACUGAAGAAAAAGCCCAAUCAUGU